AGUACAAAAGAAAUCCCCCGAACUGCCAGUCGGACUAUUUCUCCAUUUAUUACGAUUCAAAUCCUCCAUCUGCAAGAAAUCAACUAAUAAAGAAAAGUACACAAAAUGACCACCACAGAAGUAACUUCAGAAACACCAACCGAUCUCGACGUCGGCCUCCCACCAAGCAAAUAUCUCUGCCUCACCAUCCUGGGCUAUCGCAAGCCAGGCCAGAGCGAAGAAGCACACCGCCGGCAUAUGAUCACGGUGUCGGCACCCAUGACCAAGGAUCUCAUGGUCAAGUAUGGUGUCAAGCGAUGGACUGUUCAGAUCCACAAUCCCCUUCAAACACGUAUGCUCAUGAACCAACUCCUCGAUCCUCAGAUGGCGAAUAUCGCCAACUAUGACUGUUUCAGCCAGGUUGUGUUUGAGAGUGUCGAGCAUUAUAAGAUGAUGAAGGAGGAUCCGUAUUAUAAGGAGCAUUUGUUUGGGGAUCAUGAGCAUUUUGCGGAUACCAAGAAUAGCCAGAUGACUAUUGGGUGGAUUGAAGAAUGGAUUAACAAUGGGGAGAUUCGGGAUGGAUUGGAGUUUCCUCAGAGCGGUUGAUCGAUCGUAUAUAGUACAUGAAAUCCUUCAUCUCAAGCAUUUAGUUAUCGCUUCCUCUUCUCUACUUCUUUUCGUUUCCUGUUGUCUCGCCCUUUCCAUCAGAACCAUCACCUCCCGGCUGCUGCUUGCGAAUACUCCUCCACUCCAAAGUAG